GCUAGGGUUUUGUUAGGGUUCUUGAGAGCGCGAUGAGGAAGCUCAAAUUUCACGAGCAGCGGCUGCUUAAGAAGGUGAAUUUCUUGGAAUGGAAGCGCGAGAGGAACUCGCGGGAGGUCCAGGUGAUGCAGCGCUACCGAGUCACCGGCCGCGACGAUUACAAGCACUAUAACAGGAUCUGUGGAAUGGUUUCCAAGCUCACCAGCAUUCUCAAGAAGCUCGAUCCCAAAGAUCCAUUCCGGAUACAAAUGACGGAUCAGCUGCUAGACAAAUUGUAUAACAUGGGAAUCAUCCCGACCAAAAAGAGCUUGGCUCAGUGCGAGAGUCUCGCUUCUUCAGCGAUUUGCAGGAGGAGAUUGGCAGUGGUGCUAAUGAAGCUCCACUUUGCCGAGAAUCUCAAGGACGCUGUGACUUUCGUGGAGCAAGGGCACAUUAGAGUAGGACCAGACACAAUCACAGAUCCAGCGUUCCUGGUGACGAGAAACAUGGAAGACUUUGUGACAUGGGUUGACACUUCCAAGAUCAAGAGGAAGGUGCUCCAGUACAACGAUCGCCUGGAUGACUACGACCUCUUGAGCUAGAUCUUCUUUCUCUACUGUCAAGUCGAAAGAGUAUACGGUUGUCAAGCUUUCGCCACCGUUUCCAAUGGUGAAGCUAUGGAAUUCUCGAGAGAUCACACUCAACUAAUAGAAGAGGCUAUGGUAAAGACUCGUGAGCCGUUGAGCAAGCUGGUAAGAUAGAAACAAAUCCAUUUCAGAGCGCUAAAAGCGAUAUGGAAGAAGCAUCGUACCUUGAGAGAAGAAUCUUUGCGACGAUUUUCCAGCGCUUGCGAACCAGUCGAUAGUUAUUGUACUUGCUUAUCAAUCAAGAUGGCUGUAAGCGCAAAUGCAAAAUC